CGGCCGCGAGAGGCCUUCCCUUUUUCCAAGCUCCCUCAGCGAGGCGCGCAAGGUGCUGUGUCCUUCGGUAGAAGCUAAGGCCGAUUUCCCAGCCGGCGACUAGCACCGCGCACCGACCCCCGACUACCCGCCAUGGCCUCCGUCUCCGAGCUCGCCUGCAUCUACUCCGCCCUCAUUCUGCACGACGACGAAGUCACCGUCACGGAGGACAAAAUCAAUGCCCUAAUCAAAGCAGCUGGAGUGAAUGUUGAACCUUUCUGGCCUGGACUAUUUGCAAAGGCCUUGGCCAACAUUGACAUUGGAAGCCUCAUCUGUAAUGUAGGAGUUGGUGGUGGUGCUCCAGCGGCUUCAGCCCCUGCUGGUGGAGGGGCACCUGCUGGUGCUGCUGCUCCUGCUGAGGAGAAGAAAGAGGAAGAAAAGAAAGAAGAGUCAGAAGAAUCCGAUGAUGACAUGGGCUUUGGUCUCUUUGACUAAGCAAACUUUUUGUACUCUUUGCUAAUAAAGAUACAAAAGCAUGUAAA